AUGGAUGGUAUUAAUUUACGUAUGAAUUUGGCCGAAAUGGCCUGUGAACAGUUGAUUCCUCAUGUUAUUCGGUUAAUGAACUCACCUAUUGAAUCAAUCCGAGCCUCGGCUUUUGGAUUCGCUCUGGAUAUCAUUGGGCAACGACCACAGGAACCUUCUACAUUUCAGACACGAAGUCAGCUUAAAGAGGCUUAUAUCAAUAGAAUCCAGUCCAGUGAUCUCGAUGUGGCACGUCAAGCAAUCACGUUCUUGCCGGAUUUUGUCAAUAUGUGCAUUGCCUAUUCAUUAGCCAAUGCCGACGAACUUAUUGCUGUCGCGGUGCAUUGUGUGACAUCGAGAAAUGUUCUGAACGAUGUCAACGAUUACAUUGUCUACGCGAUGAAGGUAUUUGGUCAACUGAACGAUGAAGAUUCACGGAGUACGGACUCCAAAAAAGAGGCAAAGAAGCGUUCACGAGAAGAUGGAGAGAUAAAUUAG